CCAUGUACCAGCGACAUAUGUGCCCUUCCCUGGGCGCGAUACGGCGGCCAUUGACGAAAGAUGUAGCGGCAAUAUCGAAUUCCUGCGCACGAUCCUUCCAUGGAUCUGCUCGCAGGCUUGAGGAGCAGCCUGGUGAUGGACCAGCGCCUCCGCCUGCUCCAUCCUCAACUCCUGAGCGCGAGACCCGCAGAACCCGCAAUGCGAAGCAGGCACGCGCAGUCAACUCUCUCCAAUUCCGCCGUCCACUCCCCCAGAACGCGGGUCUAGGAGCGGGUGUCUUCCCCAGCGGCCAGCAUAUAAAGGGGACCUUCCGACCACGACGCCCUGAAGGCACAGCCGAUGCCACCAGCGAGUCGCAGCAAACACCCCAAGGCACAGGGCAAACCCGCAAACCACUCAUAUCCCGCGUCGGCGUAGGCCCACUAGCAACCCGCGGCGCCGCUCCGCCCCCAGGCCCUAUGGUCCGCGCCCCGUCCAAACUACGAAUAACCCGAAACGCAGGCCCCUCUCGCGCCGGCGGUCCCAAUCUGCGCGGCCGCGGGCCAUCCUCCACCUCCUCCCGCGAAGCAGCCCCGAAACGCCGCGAGAAGAAAGCCUCCUCCAAAGCCGCCCCAGCCCAGGGACAACAAGACGUAGACCCCGGGCAGGCAAUGCCCGACGGUAUGGUACAACACUUGCUGCGAUUGCAGAGGAAGGAGUGGGAUCGCGUGCCGUAUGUGCCGAGGUAUGCGCCGGGCAGCUUUGAGGCGAAUGAGUUGAUCCAUAGGGGACGGGAACUGUUCAGGGGGGAGGCGCCGCCGGUGAAAGUGUGGGGACCGCUGGAGAAGAGGCUGAAGAUUGUGGGGAUGCAUGGCGCAGAGGCUCACUUACAGGUUAGGAGGGUUUUGGAUGGAGAUGACAAACCGUUUGGGAAGGAGGACGCUAUGGAAAAGAAAUAUAGACAGAAGGAUGCCCCUCAGGUUGUGCCUCAGGUUGCUUGAGCCAGCGGGUUGGGCAGGCAUUGUAGCAUAUGUACAUAUCAGAUGUAUCAGUCAACACAACGCUUUCUCU